AUGGCAAUAUAUAAUGUUCUAUUGAGUAAGAGUGUUGAAGGAAAACUUAUGAGAGGGGUGAUUGAUAUGGUGGGAUCACAAUUUUCAGUUUCAAGAAGCACAAUUAAGCGCAUUUGGAGGCAAGGAAAAAAUAGUGGUAGCCAUGUUGAUGUGUCCCAUAAGUUAACAAAAAAUUGUGGUCGUAAGAGAAUUCAAGUUGGUUUUAAUCGAAUUCAUGAUAUUUCUUUGCGUCAAAGGACAUCUAUUAGAUCUAUUUCUUCUGCAAUGAAUAUGAGUAAGAGCACUUUGCAUAGAUAUUUAAAGUUGGGAGUUAUACGAAAGCAUUCAAAUGCUAUAAAACCUUUUUUGAAGGAAGAAAACAAAAGAGCUAGAUUACAAUUUUGUAUAUCAAUGCUUGAUGGUACAAGUUUGCCACAUGGACCAACUUUUUCAACAAUGUAUAACAUUGUUCAUAUAGAUGAGAAGUGGUUUUAUAUGACAAAAAGUUCUGAGAAUUAUUAUUUGCUACGAGAUGAAGAAGAACCAAUACGCAUUUGUAAAAGUAAAAAUUUUAUUGAAAAAGUUAUGUUCCUAGUUGCUAUAGCUCGUCCAAGAUUUGAUGCAGAGGGGCAUGAACUAUUUGCUAGAAAAAUUGAUGUAUUUCCUUUGGUCACACAUGAGCCCGCUAAAAGGAGUUGUAUUAAUAGAGUUGCGGGAACACUAGAAACAAAACCAAUCACUUCGGUUAAUAAACAAGUCAUACAGUCAUACUUGAUUGAGAAGGCUUUACCUGCCAUAAAGAAAAAAUGGCCAAGAGAAGAAAUAGGUUCUCCAAUAUUUAUUCAACAAGAUAAUGCAAGAACACACAUUGAUAUAAAUGAUGAUGAGUUUGUCGAGUAG